AUGGUAGUAGAAGUGCAUUUCUUUUUUACUUCAAUGGGAGUGGCUUAUGUUCUCGCUACUUCAAAGCCUGCGGAGAAGGAGGAUGAAUAUUUAGAUGAAACAAGGAAACACAACAAGUGGCAAAAUGACAAUUACAUUUGUUGUGGUCACAUUCUCAAUGGUAUGUUUAAUGAACUCUUUGAUGUUUAUCAGUUUAAUGAUUCUGCUAAGUCUCUAUGGGAUGAAUUGGAGGCUAAAUACAUGGUUGAAGAUGCUUCUAGCAAGAAAUUUCUUGUUAGUAAAUUUAACAAUUUCAAGUUUGUUGAAAGUAGGCCAAUUAUGGAACAGUUUCAUGAGAUUCAAAGAAUAUUAGGAAGUCUUAGGCAACAUGACAUAAUUCUUGAUGAGACCUUUGUAGUGUCAUCUAUUGUAGACAAAUUUCCUUUUUCUUGGAAAGACUUUAAAAGUGGUUUAAAGCAUAGAAAGGAUGAUGUAAAUCUUGAGGGUUUAACUUCUCACAUCAGGAUUGAGGAAGAAAUCCGGGUGCAAGAGGGAAAUAAGGAUGCAAAUCCUAGUUCUACUACGGUAAAUAUAGUGGAGGAUGCCUCGCCAAAUGUGAGGAAAAGGGGUAAUGACUCAAACAAAAAUAAAGGCAAGAACCCUAAGUUUAGCGGUGAUAGUUCAAAGUCACGUGCUUGUUGGGCUAAUUGUUCGUGGUAUAUCGAUUCGGGUGCAUCAAGGCACGUGUGCAAGGAUAGAUCAUUGUUCAAGACCUUCUUGGAGGUUGAUGCAUGA